GCGUUAACUAACUCCAGAAGACGGCAGUAGUGCAACAUUAAUAAGGAUGCUAGCUGCCGUUUAAACCCAUAGAAGAAGAAGGAAGUUGUGGGAAGCGGAGUGAGGGGGAUUGGACGUUGAAUGAUAAGACCAGAAAAGGAUAGCUACUGUUCGAUCGCAGUGGUGAGUACUAGCGAGGAUGACGAUGCCGCACAUAGGGGCAGUAUUUGGAGCAAUAGCAGGAGUGAUGGCCAUCAUGUUGCACUCCUCCAUUCACAAGGUAGAAGAAGGACACCUUGCUGUGUACUACAGGGGUGGGGCAUUGCUGACUUCUCCCAACGGUCCUGGAUAUCACAUCAUGCUGCCUUUCAUUACCACCUACAGAUCAGUGCAGACUACUCUCCAAACUGAUGAGAUCAAGAAUGUGCCCUGUGGAACAAGUGGUGGUGUGAUGAUCUAUUUUGACAGAAUAGAAGUUGUUAACAUGCUGGUCCCUUCAGCAGUGGUGGACACUGUGAGGAACUACACGGCGGAUUAUGACAAAACUCUCAUUUUCAACAAGAUUCACCAUGAACUCAACCAGUUUUGCAGUGUACACACACUACAGGAGGUCUACAUUGACUUGUUUGACAUUAUAGAUGAGAACAUGAAGACUGCUUUGCAGAAAGAUCUUAAUGUUAUGGCACCUGGACUUACAAUACAGGCAGUCCGUGUUACCAAGCCAAAGAUCCCUGAAUCUAUCAGGAGGAACUUUGAACUCAUGGAAGCAGAGAAGACUCGUCUGUUAGUCACGGCUCAGACUCAGAGGGUGGUGGAAAAGGAAGCAGAGACUGAAAGGAAGAGGGCCAUUAUUGAGGCUCAGAAAGUGGCCCAGGUAGCAGAGAUCCACUUCCAACAGUUGGUGAUGGAGAAAGAGACGGAGAAGAGGAUCUCUGAAAUAGAGGAUUCUGCCUUCCUGGCAAAGGAGAGGGCUAAGGCUGAUGCAGAAUAUUACACUGCUGCCAAGAUUGCUGAAGCAAACAAGGUGAAGUUAACCCCAGAGUACCUGGAGCUGAUGAAGUACCAGGCCAUAUCAGCUAACAGUAAGAUCUACUUUGGCCAGGACAUCCCUAACAUGUUUGUAGAGGGAACCAACAACCCCCCUAAAUCUGUGCGCUCCCCUAAUCUGCCCAAUGCUCAACAACUGAAGCCAGAGUGAGUCCAGAGCUCUGCCUCUGCACAGGACAGGAGAACCUGAUGAGGACUUGUCGUGUCUGUGAGAUGGAGAGCACUGAACUGAAGAUGGUGGGUGGGAUAGCUUUGCAGCUAGUUUGGUUAAUAACGCAUUUUAGUCUUAAAUCUAAAUGGCAAAGAACAAGUGGGAAAAUGUAAGGACAAGCAGAAGUGAGAGCUAGGAAAGCCAAGACAAAAGGGAUUUUUCGUGACUUCCACUCUUUUUUUGGGGUGGACAAGUUUUAGGAAUGAGAAUGAUGCCAUAGUUAAAAAUGAAAAGCAUAAUAAAUGCUUAUGCCUGAGAAGGCGACAGCAAGAAGUCGCCCUAAUUUAUGUGUGCUUGCAAACAGUGCAGUGUUUAACUUUGCUGUUGGAUCUGCAUUAAUUUUGUUUUUUUGUAUGCCAGAGGAGUGAUUUGUGAUGAAAAUGAUUUUUGAGAAUUCAUUUCUGGUUGAGCUGAACUGGAAUCUAACAGGUGACACUAAUUAAUUAAAAGUGGUUAGAGUUUGUGUAAGUGUGUAAUGUGGGUAGGUCAUCGGUGCCAUCUUCUCUUACACUAAAUCACUAGUUGGCUCUGCUCUCUCAACACGAGUCAGUGUGAGGACUGUUUGAUCACACCUCAUAUCAAAUGCUGCUUGUGGAUGAAAACUGAUAUGUGAAAGACUUUUUAAACGUUAGCGUUCUAGAAAGAAGUGGCCUGACUUUGUAAAAGUUUGCAUAGUUAGAUACAAUCCUACAGAUACUCAAGUCUGAUGUGGGAGGGUAGUCAUCGGGUGUUCCCAGUUUCUAUAGUUAAUAUACAGUGGUGUCAGAUUGGUAGUAAUGUAGUUUAUUUUCUGUAACCUUGGUGGUAGUUUGCUGUUAUUAGUUGUGGUUGAGCGUGCAGCUACCUCAGGGAGACUUGAGAUUCUGCACUAGAGCUGCUGUGGCAUUUACUGUGAGGAAAAAAGGCUUUAGUGCUGCCAAUAGAAAAUCAGAUUUCCUUUUCUAAAAGCUAACAUAAAUUCAUUAAUAACAAAAAGUUAAUUAAUAUGGGAGCGUAACAAUAAGGCAGUUAUGAUAGUGCCACAGGAGGAAGUCGUGAUUUGUACAUCUUUAUUUCCUUGAUCUGGUUUGGAUUAUCAGGGCCAUGCAUGUUGAAAUGUUUAUUGGCUUGAUUCCGAUUAAGUAGUGCCUGCGAUGUCUGCCAAUUCUGUUGUUAUACAGCUUAUUCAGAUGUAAAAAUGUAAAUUCUCAGGAAAUUGACUUAUUUUAAUAAAACAGCUGCUCAAUGUUGGACAGAGCUUAAACCCUUUAAAGUCAUCAUUGGCAAUUUUGCAAGUAAGAAAAAAAGUUCAAAUCUGUUGAUUGAAUUUGGCUAGACAAGUUGGAACAGUGAAACAAGAACAUUUGAUUUGAGGAUAAGCAAAGCUAUGGUUUCCUUUUCACUAGACUCAAACUUUGUCUUCUGCAAAUAUUUAAGGUGACAUUCUUAGUGCACUGUCACUAUUUUAUUGCACGACCUAUUUACAGUGGGUGUCUGUGACAUUGAAUAUAAUGAGCAUGUUGGUCUGUCAAAGUAGAAAUAGUAUAAACAAAAGCUUCUUUCCACGGUCAAUGUUUACAUGUUUCUAUAAUUCAAGAAUUGAUGGACUGCAAAGUUUUUCAAUCUUUUUCAAAACAAGCUAAUUGUAAUGGCAACACACAGCUCCUAAUUACAGUAUUAACUUACUUACUCUUAAGUGAGAAUUUGUUUAGCCUUUGAUCAGUUUAAUGUGACGAUAUGAGUUCCAGUACUACACAAGUUUUGCUCUAAUAAAAGAUGAAUGUUAAUAGAGCUUGGGUUUAAAUAAGAUGCAAGUUGGUGCUAGUUUUUGUUAUGUGUUUAAGCUUUUGGGUUUUGCUCAGCUCUACUACAUACUACUUCCACUAUUCAAAAUGCAAGCCUUAAUUAAUGGGUUACCCCAGACUUAAAGAUUCAGUGAUUCUCAUGAACUAAAAAGCUCCAUUUGAACUUAACUGUGAGACUUCUUAAGAGCUUGGAUGUACAGACUGAACUGUACGGCCUCAUCAUCGACUCUAGCUGAGAAAGACAGAACUAGCAGUGGACACUACUAGUGUUUGGAAGAUGUCGUGAUGUUUACUUGACCUAUGAAUGGCAGUUAAAGGCUGCACUCUGCAUUUGCUUGGGUGGUGGGUUUAAAUAAAGAUGCAAAAGAGGGGUAUGAAUCACUCAUGAAAAUGAUUUUUUUGUCUAUUUUGUACAAUCUGUGAAAUCUAACAUCGUCUCCUUGUUUUAAAAGGUUUAUAUGCAAAAAUGUUUUCAAGUUUUGACAAUGUUCUUAUGUAAAAUAAAACCUAUUUUGGUACCUCUCUUCUCCAA